AUGAGUGAAUCGGAAAGGGAUGAAAUGCAAUGCAGUAUAUGUCAGGACAUACUCCGGAACCCAGUGGUGGCCCCCUGUUGUCUGCAGAUGUUUUGCGAGCAGUGUAUCAAUGAAUGGCUUAAUACGGAAACUACCUGUCCACACGACAGAAAAGUACUAAAUAUUGAUAGUUUAACCAGGCCACCAAGACUUUAA